AUGUCCCUAAACCGUACAGGACAAAGCUUGGAGCAUCUGCACUGUGGUGUGUGCACCUUGGGCUUACGGCAGAGAGCAAGGGGUGGCUACUCUGGGAGCCCUCAAAGAAUGUGCUGUUUGACAGUCGGGAUGUCAAAUUUGUGGAGAACAUCAUCAUGGAUCAUGCGCUAGCCGGGCCUCAACGGGGGAAAUGGCUCGUUUCAAGAGAUGCAGAGUACAAGAGCCAGAUGGAGAAUCACACAUGGGACCUGGUGCACUUGCCAAAUGGGAAGAAGGCAAUACAGUGCAAGUGGCUGGCAAAAAUCAAGACGGAUGAGAAAGGAGAGCCAUCAGUUUACAAGAGCAGGCUGGUGGCAAAGGGGUUUCAGCAGAAAGAGAAGGAAGAUUACAAAGAAGUGUUUGCCCCAACUGCUAAGUCUCCAACGCUACGUGUGCUGCUGGCGGUAGCUGCUGUGCGCAAAUGGAAGGUGAAGCAGAUGGACAUCGUAACCGCUUUUCUGUAUGGCAUUGUGGAGGAGGAGUUGUACAUGGUUCAACCACCUGGCUAUGAGGAUGGAACCGGUCGUGUCUGCAAACUUAACAAGGCCAUCUAUGGCUUGAAGCAGGCCCCGAGAUGCUGUGGAAUCUGAGUACAUGGCGAUGUUUCAUGCGGCAAAAGAAAUCAUCUGGCUAAGGAGGCUCUUGAAGGAGAUCGGCCAUGAACAGACUUGUGCGACACCUUUGUUCAGUG